CAUUCAAUUUAAUCAGGAGAAACAAAUAUUAUCUAUCAUCAGUUGCCAGUUAUUAUGCGUUGAACAUUAUUUUUCACCAAAGUGCUUUGUGUUUUAAGAAGAAGGUGGCCAUUAACUUUAAGCAAGCCCCUCCUUAACGGUUCUUUAGAAUCAACACACACAAAGACACAAAAAGAGUUACCAGACAUCAACUAAUCUCAUUUCAGAAAUCCAAAACUUUUCUAAGAAUGGAAAGCAGUAAGGACAUCUCAACUGACAAACCUACAGUUGUCAUCGAUGUAAAUCCACAGGUGAUACAGGACACUGUUAUUUUUGUUGAUGGUCAUGAGGCCGGAGGAAAAAAUCACAAUGCAGUUCUUAAAAGAUUUUUCAAAGUACAACCAAAGGCACUAGGGACUGUCCAGAUAAUGAAUGGAGGGAUUGUCUUCAUUCUUGGUGUUAUACUUACCUCCAGUGUCUACAAUUAUUCUGCAAUUCUUGACCAUAGCGGCAUAAACUACUGGGGGUCCCUUAUUUACAUCAGUGCUGGCUCUUUGUCUGUCGCUGCGCAGAAUAAACAUCAUCCAUGUGUGGUAAAAGCAUCUCUUGGAAUAAAUGUGUUCAGUGCCAUAACUGCAGGGAUAGCCAUUCAUCUGAUGGGCAUACAAUUAGCAUUAAUAUCAAUGGAUCAUCCAAGUUUAUAUGUUGAGUAUUUUACUAUGAGGAUCACUGGAAUAUUGAUGGUGUUCACCAUUCCUCAGUUCAUCAUCUCCAUCUAUAUCUCAGCAUUUGCCUGCAAAGCCGCCUGCAACAAAAACUCCACAGUGGUCAAUGUGUACUAAACUAGGUGAACGAUUGAGUGGUGAUGACGCUAUUAUUGCUAUUAUGAGCUUGGCAAUCAGUUUUAUCACAAAAAUCUAUAGUUGUGUCAAUAUUUUUAGAGGAUGAUGCAGCUCCACUAAACAAGUAGAAUGAUAAAACUAGCACAAUGUAAA